CUAUAAGUUUUGAAUGAGUCUACAGCUCUCUAUCUGCACCGGAGAGAUAAACACGGAGUUCAAGAUAAACAACUCAAUGUUUAGUUUUUUUUUAUAAUGUCAAUGAUGCUACGCUGGUUGAUCUCAGACGUUCUAUUGACCUCAGCUGUCCUGUGGCAGGUAGUAUCUUCCUAUCCGACAUACCAACAACAAAUACCCAAUGGAGACUCUGUGCCACAUCCCUGCAAGCCCAACACUUUUUGGGCAGGAGUGGGGCAUCAGAACGACCAGGGCUCAGGAGAAAGAAAUGCUUUUGGACGAGAUUUUGAGAGAGAAGGCAAAAUUUGGACGCAAUCACUAUGUCAUUUAGAUUCUGACGGAGAUGGACUAACCAACGGUCAAGAGCUAGGUGACCCAGAGUGCGUGUGGACUCCAAACACCUUGCCCAGUAGACAAGUUGGUCUGAGCAAUCCAGGCAUCUGCGACCCUUGGGACUCUCCUGUCUGUUUCUCAAACAACAUUACAAGCGUUAAAUACCAGACUCAAGAGGAAUGGAUGCGAGACAUGUGUAGGGCUGGUCCAUUGCUUUGCCCAGGCCUGAACGAGUCGGACGUACACCAGGUGGCGCUGACUAUUGACAACGGAACUCAGGUUCCUUUCAUGGAUAAAACGUAUUACUGCCAGAUAUUUGACUUGGAAAGUCACAUGACCAUUCCUGGAAACUAUCAGAUAAUUGCCGUGGAACCGGUCAUUGACAAUGCCCAAGUCCUUCAUCAUAUUGCUCUGUUUGGAUGUGAUGAUGUGCAGCCCGCUAGUCCAGCUCCGUUUGAUUGUGGCGUGUUCCCAUCUAUCAGUUGCCAUACCUUCAUUACGAUCUGGACUAUUGGAAGUCCGGGAGACUGUUUUCAUCCAGACACAGGCAUUUCUGUUGGAAGCGGCGGAUUCACCAAGUUUGCAGUGCAGCUGUUCUGGAACAAUCCAAGCGGUAGAGAUGAUUUGUUAGACAGUUCUGGUGUCAAGAUUUACUACACAGAGAAACGGAGACCCUAUGAACUGGGUUUACUGAAGAUUGGCCACGAGUCUUUCUUGGUUCCGCCAAACCAUCCGGCCGUGUCCUUCAAGUCAACCUGUACUUCAGUAUGCACCAAAAGUCUAUUCAAUGGUACAGUCUACGUCACCAUGGCCUGGAACCACAUGCAUUAUAUAGGAAAACAAAUGCAAGUCCAAGUGCUCAGAAAUAAGACGGACAUUCAGUAUUUGACUUUCGAUCCAAUAUACAACUUUGAUAGCCCGCAGAUUCACGUAUUCCAAGAGAAGCCUUUCCAACUGUAUCCAGGAGAUGAGAUCAUCACUACCUGCAUCUACAACUCACAAGACCUGAGCUGGACGACGCCAUGGGGUGAAGCCACUACAGAAGAAAUGUGCUACGGAUUCUUGGUCUACUAUCCUAAAGAAAACGCCCUGAAAACUUCUUGCGUGACACUUGGACCUGAUGUCAACUACUGUGACAACAGCACGUUCCACGGUUGUUCCGACCUGCAGAGAUUCUCCAGCCCAUUCUUUCUCUCGGACGCCGACUUCUACCAAGACAUCCUUCACAACUGCCGUACGUUUAGUCCUUGUGUUGAGGAGUGCACCAACACUAUAGUCCAGCUUAAGAAGAACGAUCCUUGCUUUCAAGAUGAACUGUUUGAUUUUAUCAAGGACCAAAUGUUGAACACCAAUCCCAUUGGUCAAGACAUGAUGGCUCGCAUAGCUUCCUGCCAGAGACAAGUGGAUAGUGUUUUCAACAUUUCAAGGAAUACUAGAACAUAAUAGCUCACAUCUCCCCUGGAUGUUUCCUAGAGAUUGACUUGUUGCCUUCGACAAAUUGACUUCAAAUUAUUCAAAUAAAUGUACUUAUUAUUUUUAGGUUAUGUUUCUUGGUCUAAAACGUAUAUCAACUUACUUUCAUUGUCUGUCUGUCUGUCUGUCUGUCUCCCAUACCCAUUCUAGGAUCAAAUUGAAACUUUGCACAAUUAUUCAUUGACGUAGCCAAUACAUGAAUCAAUUAAAAAAAACAAUUAGUCAAUUAA